AUGACUUACCAUUCCCUCUCCGACCUCCCCUUGAGUGCUGUCCUGGGGCAACGGUAUCCCCUCGUCCCGGUUGUGGGCGCGUUCUCAUGCGCACCGAGGAAACUCAUCGAGGAUUGCACCCCAACUGGCACUCAACCGACCGGCAUCCACUCUGCUUUCCGGGUGGGGAGUGCGAAAGCUGCGAACCUAAUGACACGGAAAGCACGUGAAGCAGAAAUUGAGUCUGAGGAUGACCCGGUCGUUCACCUCGAAACCAAAGACUUGUGGGAACAAUUUCAUAAAUGUGGAACUGAAAUGGUGAUAACAAAAUCAGGGAGACGAAUGUUCCCACCAUUCAAAGUCAGUUGCUCUGGUUUUGAUAAGAGAGCAAGCUAUAUUUUGUUGAUGGAUAUUGUGGCAGCAGACGACUGCAGAUACAAAUUCCACAACUCUCGCUGGAUGGUAGCUGGAAAGGCAGACCCAGAGAUGCCCAAGAGAAUGUAUAUUCACCCGGAUAGCCCAGCCACCGGAGAACACUGGAUGUCUAAGACAGCCAGUUUUCAUAAACUAAAGCUGACCAAUAACAUGUCUGACAAACAUGGAUUUACGAUUGUAAAUUCGAUGCAUAAAUAUCAGCCCAGAUUCCAUGUCGUUCGAGCAAAUGACAUCCUGAAACUUCCAUACAGCACAUUCAGAACAUUCGUCUUUCCAGAGACAGAAUUCAUUGCUGUGACUGCUUACCAAAACGACAAGAUAACGCAACUGAAGAUUGAUAACAACCCGUUUGCAAAAGGAUUUCGGGAUACUGGGAAUGGAAGACGAGUGAAAAGGAAACAAUUAUUUUUGAAGUCUGCACGUUCAAAUGUCCCCAGUUCCGACAAACACCACCACAUCUCAACUGCUGUUGAUCGAACGCCCUCACCCCAAACGCGGCCUGUCGUCACCUCCACAAUAAAAGAAACCAGGGACAGUGACGCUGACAGCGAUGAAGAUGUUACGAUGGAGGAUGGCCCAGACCCAUUUGAGGUGUCCACAACGACCGGCGUCUCACAGGACAGCAAUUCGCACUGCGUAUUUUACGCAUUUGGAUAUUUGGUGCGUCUUUACGCAUGGCUCAGCGCGCGGUCCUUCCUGGAGUAG